GUUGUCAAUGUCAACCACAAUCUUAUUAAUGUCCCAUUUAAUUUCCUAACCUAAGCAAAACUGAAAAAACUCCAAACAUCUUUAUCUUGUAUUCAUUUAUUUUUACUUUAGAAAAAGAAGUGUUACCAGUUUAAAAAAAUCUUAGGACUUCUGAAAUGUCGGAUUUAAAUGAAGAACUUUUAAGCGAUGACAAUGACGACUGCGUAGAUAUUGAAGAAGAAUUGGAAGAUGCCCUUCUUCAAGAUGAUCCUGAGGAAGAGGUUAUUAACUCCUCUCAAUUGGAUCAAUCUGAAACAGAGCCAAAAAACUUAUCUCUCCCUGACCAAGAGGAAGAAAAAAGUUCCAGGCCAGAUAAAUUUGCCACAGAAAGGAAACCAAUUACAGCUCCAGAACCUACAGAUAAUAAUGAGCAGCAAGUUAAUAAUAGAUUUCAAAGGUACAAUAGAGGUGGCAGAGGAGGUAGAUUUCCACAACAGAUGAGGCAAAGGGGCGAAAGAUUCACACAAAAUAGACAGUUUAAUAAUCCGAAUAGACAUAUGAGGGAUCAGAAUAGUUGUCCUAGAGGCAAAACUGUAUUUGUCAAUCCGAAUUUUCAAGGUGUGGUCAAAGUUAAUAAUAAUGCUGCUCGUCUAGCCUGGGAUCCGCAACAGCCAGCGCAUUCGCAGGUCCAACCAAAUCCUUGGUACAAUAAUACACCAGGAAACAUGAUGCAACCUCAAAUGCAAGAUUAUCGGCAUCAACAAUUUCAACCACCUAUGCAGCAAAUGCAAAGUUUACAACAUAUGCAACCAGUACAAAAUAUGGGUCCACUUCAAAUGCACCCAAUGCAAGGCCCUCCUCAGAUGCAACCGAUGCAAAAUAUGGGUUCCCCUCAGGUGCAAUAUGUUCCUCAAUAUCAACCAUCUUUUGGGGGACCACAGUAUGAGCCGAACCAGCCUCCCAAUGUACAGCCUCCGUAUUGGGACGGUCAAAUGCAAGUCUCACCAGUGCCAUUUCAGGGACCAAAUCACCAUCAAGGAAUGAUGCCGUACAUUCAAAACAACUAUGAUACUCAGCCUAUUAUAAUAAAUACCGCAAACCCGCCGCCUUGCAUCCAAAAUUCGCAAUAUAGUAACCAGUUCAAUCAAAAUAUAGCGCCACCUAUGAUGCAACAACAACCCGAAUUUAUGCCAACGAGCUUCCAAACCCAAGAUAUGAGGCAAGUUACUGUUCAGAACCACAGAAAUAGUUUUCACAACAAUGUGGGACAAAAUAAUCAUGAUAGUUUUUCGCCAAAGAGAAAAGUUGGAAAUGGUACAUUCUCUCAGAACAAAAAGCGGGUGCAGGAGAGAUUGGGUGUCAAAAUGCCACAAGUAAAGUCGAAAAAUUUAGCAUUUAAAACGGAGGAUCGUCCUUCUGUCGUAACAGAAGUGAAUAGAACCGAAAUGACCACUGUUAAAUUUACUGACGAUGAUACAGCUACAGCCGACCUUCGCCGAAAAAUUGAAGAACAAAAGAGAAAGCGGGAGGAGAUUUUAAAAUGGAAAGAGGCAAGACGACUAGAACAACUUAAGCAAGUCGAAACAGAGCAUAAUGAUGAAGCACAUACUGAAGACAUUAGGCCAGUUCAAAGACUGAUUCAGGGUCAAACGCGUGAACGGGGCGGAUAUCCACAACAAAACCGCUUACAGCAACAGCAGUCGAUGGCCAAUAGAAAACCGGUGCUGCAUCAGCUGACACAAGCGGACCACCAAACUAGUCCGACGGCACGUGGUUUGAGGGGCGGUCGAAACGCUCGAGUGAUAUUGAACAAUCGCACCGUUUCAGUGGCUGCGCCUUCCACGGUCACCUUAAACAAAAACAUCGUGCAACAGUCAGAAGAAGACGGAAGCGACGUGAAAUUGGACGAAGUGCAUUUGUCCAAUUUCCUGGAGAGCAGGAAGGUGCUGGUAGCGGACAAGGCGCUGAUGUCCACACGUCAAGUGUUCAUAAAGAAUAUCGCGACCAGCACGGGAGACAAAAAAAUUAUACAAAUAUGUAGGGAUAUCGGGGAAGUACAGAAGCUACACAGAGAUAAUAACGAACGGCAUGCAACCAUUACUUUUAAAAGCGUCGCAUCUGCGCACGCCUUUUAUAAGAAAUAUCAACGGCACUUACUCGAUUUAUCUAUGAUCGAAGUUACUCUCACUCCUGAGUCAACGCAGGAAUAGGAACUUGCGGUAAAAUGUGUAUUGUCAAAUUAAUGACAAUUACCUGUAAUUGUGCGUUAUAGUCGUUUAAGGGAAAUACAUGAAAUUUGACCUAUCAUAAAUAUACAGAUAAGUAAAGUAUGUAAAUAAUGUAUUAAUCGAGUUUGUCUGUCGUAUUUAGAAUCCACUGAACUUUUUAGUAUGUUUGCUUUUUUUGAAAAUUGUGUAUUACUAUUUUUCUUAGUAAUUAUGUAAUUAAUAGGAACGCAGUAAAUGAGAUGUUUUCUCUUUAAAAGUGCUAGAAUUUAGUUUUAUGUUUUAAAUUUUGGUGUUUUCAAAUGUUUUAUAGAUAAUAUAUUGCUGAAUAUAAGAUUAAUCAUUUGAAAUUUUUAAGAAAUGGUUUUGGAUCAUGUUCAAUUCAGAAAACUGGGAAAUAGCUCUUUAAGGAUAUUUGAAUUGAAUUUUUAUUCGACAGUUUUAUUAUUUUGAUUAUUAAAACCGAUUCACAUAAUGCCAUGCAGUAUUAACAAGUUAAAAUCGUUACAGAAAGUUGCUAUCUUAACUUUUAUCCCAAGUAUAUGAUAAGCAAAAUCAAUCGAAUCAAGCAAUACGAGGAAGCAUUGGGAAGAAACAAGUGUAAACUUGGUUAAUAAGCUGAUUCCAUAUCUGUGUUGUAAGUUCGCUACAGAGGCAAUUUCUUGUAACGCAGUUCUCCAAGUACCGACGUCUUUGGUCAAGCUACUUUUUACAUGCGUUUUUGCAAACUAUUUAUGUGUUACCAAAACUAUGUUGAUAAUUAUGGCUGGGUGUAAUUAUAGUUUAAUUGAAUUUUAUUUAAUGAUAAUAGGAAUAGAAUAUUUAGGCAUGGGAUCAAAUCUAUAAUACUUUACAGGCGUAUUGCACGCCUCUCGAACUGGCAUACUGAUGCUGAUUAUAUUCUGAUGUAACGGUCUAUCUGAUUCCCAACUUAAAUCAAAGCAACUACGAGCAGCAUUACUAUUGCCACUUCGAAAAAAGAUAUAGGGGGAUUACAAGCGCACUUCCCAAUAGAAAAGGUUUUUUUGGCAUUCUGAAAUAUCUUUAAAGAGCUCAGUUUCAAAAUACAGUAGAGUUUCAAUAACGUGAACUAAUUAGGAUUGAGUGUGUUUAUACUUUCGAGGAGUUCAUAGUAUUGGAUAAAGGAAAAACAUAAUGUACUUUUUUAUAAGGGAACUUUUGAACAUCAUAUUUUAAGGGAAAAUUAAACAAACAGUAGGUAUGAAUACUUAUGUAUACAGUAUAACCUCGAUUAUCCGAAUCAUUAAUUGCAAGUGCCCGUUCGUAUAAGCAAAAUGUUCGGAUAA